AUGAAACGUCUUUCAUCUCAAGUUGUUGAGAGAGCCUACAAGUCCAUCAUUAAACGUGGUUCCGAAAGAGGAAAAUUCACGAAGGAGAUGAUUUUAGGAUUACCAUCGACUCCCAUUAUGAGUCCAUCCUAUCCGAGAGGUCCAUACUUUUUCAAAAACAGAGAAUACUUUAUCAUUACUUAUGAGUCCGAUAGGGAUGCCAUCCGAGAAUUGGUUCCAGAACCUCUUGUUCCAAACGAAAAGAAUCAAGUAUUGUAUGAAUGGAUCAAUAUGCCAGACUCUUCUGGUUUUGGAAGCUAUUCGGAAAGUGGUAUUGUGAUUCCCUGUUACUACAAUGGUCAACAAGUCAAUUUGACUUUACAAAUGUAUCUGGACAUUGAACCUCCAAUUGCAGCUGGAAGAGAGAUUUGGGGUUUUCCAAAGAAACAUGCUCAUCCUGAAAUGAAAGCUAUUCAAGACACCGUGGUGGGAGUCAUGAAUUACAAAGGAGAGACGGUAGCAACAGGAACUAUGGCCUACAAGCACACAGAGAUGGAUCCAGAACCAGUUCUUGCCUCUCUUGGAAAAACUAAUGUGAAUUUGAAAGUUAUUCCCGAUGUUGAUUUUAAACCCAAAAUUAGUCAGAUCGUUUCAUAUAACUUGCAAGUCAAAAAAUUACAUUUUGCAUACGAAGGUCCUGCUCGAUUGCACUUGAUUGAAAACGUGAAUGCGCCAGUAGCAGAUUUGCCUGUUAAAAAGAUUGUGCAGGGCAAGCAUAUCAUGGCAGACAUUCUUUUACCUUAUGGAAAUGUAUUGCAUGACUAUUUGAAUCCCACUCCUGAAAAUAAGAUGUGGUCAGAAAAGUUUGAAGAACAAUAUUGUCAACCAGGUCAAAAAAGAUCACUCUUUACUGAACAGCGUAUUAGGGAAGAGUGUUUAGCAAUGCCUGUCACAUGUCCUUCAUAUAAGCCCGCUGCUUCCAAACUUCAGAACAGAGAGUAUUUUGUGAUCAAAUAUCAAACUGAUAGAGAGAAGUUACUUGAGAAAAUUCCUGAUCAACUGAUUCCAAAUGAUGACGACAUUGUGGUCUUGCAAUUUGUCAAAACACACGGAACUGGUAUUGGAAGCUAUGACAAGGUCGAUGUUAUUAUUCCAUGUACAGACAUGUAUGGAAAUGGUGUACAUUUCAAUGCCAUGAGCUUCCUUAAUUCCUCUUCUCCCAUUACAUACGGUAGAGAGACAUUAGGAUUCCCUCAGAAAUUCUCAGACUCUGUAUCGUUUGCGGCACACCAUGACACUAUUAAGGGUACUCUCAACUACAAUGGAAUUCGUGUGGCUACAGGAACAAUGUCAUACAAGCACGAACAUAUGCCAAUAGAGGAUGUUGUUAGUUUCAUCUCAACACCUCAAUAUUAUUUGAAAUUUAUUCCUGAUGUUCGUGGUUUGCCCACUGUUGCACAAUUAGUUCGAAUGGAGCAUGCUAAUGUGAAGGUUUCAAGCGCUUGGAGAGGACAAGCCAAACUCAACUUGUGUGAUCACGUGAAUGCACCAAUCAAUGAUCUUCCAGUGAAAAAUGUUGUAGGAGGUUUCAACUUUAUUUGUGACAUGAUCAUGCCAGCAGGACAUGUUGUUCACGACUACCUCUCGCAUUAA